AUGGAGGCGGCGGUGGAGAAGAAGGAGACCGAGCAGGAGGAGCAGCAGCUACCGCACGCGCGGAAGGAUGACGCGCCCGCCGCCGCCGAGGAAGACGAAGCGGAUUCGGAGGAGACCGAGCGCCGCAACCGCGACCUCAAGGCCGGCCUCCACCCCCUUAGGCGCAAGCUCGUGCUCUGGUACACGCGCCGGACGCCUGGUGCGAGGUCGCAGGCGUACGAGGACAACAUCAAGAAGAUCAUCGAUUUCAGCACAGUCGAAUCGUUCUGGGUUUGCUACUGCCACCUUGCGCGCCCUUCUUCCCUGCCGAGUCCCAGUGACCUUCAUCUCUUCAAGGAUGGCAUUCGUCCCCUCUGGGAGGAUGCUGCAAAUCAGAAUGGUGGCAAGUGGAUAAUUAGAUUCAAAAAGGCAGUUUCAGGUCGAUUCUGGGAGGAUUUGGUGCUGGUGCUAGUAGGCGACCAACUUGAAUAUAGUGAUGAUGUUUGUGGUGCUGUGCUUAGUGUCCGUUUCAAUGAAGACAUUCUGAGCGUCUGGAACCGGAACGCAUCAGACCAUCAGGCUGUGAUGGCAUUGAGGGAUUCUAUCAAGAGGCACCUCAAGCUGCCACACAGCUAUCUGAUGGAGUACAAACCACAUGAUGCUUCGCGGCGUGACAACUCGUCCUACAGGAACACAUGGCUGAGAGGAUAA